AUGGCACAUGGUUUAGCUGAUCUAAUCGUCAACGUUGCACUUUGGUCUCUGCAGGGAGCCAAUCUAGCUCUUGAGAUGCACGACGGCCUCAAAGAUAAAGAAAAGGGAUCGUCAGCGGCUGCAUCAGCUAAUCAGUCUCCGCGAGCAGUUCUCAUCACUGCCAGUUCAGCCAGUUUUGCACGUGACUGUGAACGUGCUAUCAAUAUAGCUUUUACAACUAGUCAAACAUUUCCGACAAUGAUGGGAACUUGUGCUGACAUUGAUGAGUUCAUACGAAAAGAGCUGCGCAAAACCUAUCCUCGUGAAUGCUUUCAUAUAAUCAUUGGCGAAAAUGAUGCUUUCGGUUUUUCUGUGGACAGUGGUGAACAUUGUGUGGAAAGCACUUGGGAUAAAUAUCGCAUAAUUAUCUUUUCAACAAAGAAAAAUCCGCAAACAAAAUCGGACACACACGAUGCCAACAGUCAGAUGACUUUCAAAUGGAAAUAA